ACCCCGCUAAAGGAUUUAUACUGCGAGACUAACUAUGCCGACCCGGAAGUCACUGAAUGCGACACCGUGGAUUAAUGUCUGCUGCUUGUGUUCGGCUCUCCUCUCGUUGUUUACAUUUCUAAAUGAUAUAUUCCUCCCAUUUCUGAGACUGUCAUCGGCACAGUGUCAACUCUAAGCUUGAAAUUAUGAGAAAUAUCAACAAAGCGAUGUGAGAAGCCAAACUGCGAGACAACAUUUCAUCCUGCUUUGCCUCGAUCUAGCACUGGAUGCUAACUGUUUCAGCUCCGCAUCUUCAUGUGUCGCUGCUUUAUCCAAAGAUGACCAAUUAGUGAUGAGCAAGUUUGCCCACUACCCGGACCCCAAAUACAACAACAACAUGGCUGUGGAGUUAUAGCACUAGGCGAGCCCUGACAACACCUAAUACGAUAACUUUUGUUGCACAAUGUUUGGUGCGCCUCAAAGCUCCAAGACUGAAUUCCUGGAUAAAGCCAGGCAGGCAAGAGAGGAGAGAAAAGGUCACAAGGAUAAGGAAAAAGCAGCCAUCCACAUCCAAUCACUGGUCAGAAGAUUUCUGUGUCGCUGCAGACUACAGAAAGAACUAAGGAAAGAAGUAGACGACUAUUUUCAAGCUUCUCCCACAACGUCAAAAAGAAAUGCACUCUCACUUUUUAAAAUCGCUCGUAAAUUACUGUUCGUUUUUCACCAAGAGGAUAAGGCGCGGUUUGAGAAACUGUGCAGGGCUAUUCUUUCCAGCAUGGAGGUUGAAAAUGAGCCUAAAGUCUGGUAUGUGUCGUUGGCUCUCUCCAAAGACCUCACAAUCCCUUGGUUGAAACAGAUUAAAGAUGUGCUAUGGACCUGCUGCCAACUACUGAAAAGCCUAAAACCUGACAUACUACAAGACAACAAACUGGUUACGCUGUACCUCACCAUGCUGGUUACCUUUACAGACACGUCAACAUGGCGAAUCGUCAGAGGGAAAGGAGAAGCUCUUCGACCUGCAUUGAUGAGAAUUUGUGAGAAUAUCAUGGGUUAUCUCAAUCAAAAGGGAUUCUAUUCAACACUGCAGAUCUUGUUGACCAACGGCUUGGCUCGCUCUAAACCAUCUCUGUCCAAAGGCACUUUAACGGCUAUCUUUACUCUGUCACUAAGGCCGGUCAUCGCCGCUCACUUCUCAGACAACCUGCUCAGAUCAUUCCUCCUUCACAUCAUGUCAGUUCCAGCUGUGGUUACACACCUGUGUGUGCUCACUCCAGAGUGUAUAGCAUCAAUCCAGACUCACAACCUUUUAAGGAAGUUCAUCCUGUUUCUCAGCCGUGAGGAGCAGUGUUCUGAUAUUUGUGUGUGUUUAGAGGGAAGCCACACACUCUGCUUACUUGGUAACUUGAUUCACUUGGGCUUUCUUAAUGAGCGAGUCAUAGAGGAGGAGGCAAAUCACUUUGUGAAGGACCUAACUGACAUGCUGUCCUACUGCCAGAGAUAUGUCUCCCAGAAGAAGUCCAACCUCACCCACUGGCACCCUGUCCUGGGCUGGUUCUCCCAAACUGUAGACUAUGGUCUGAACGAAUCAAUGCCACUGGUCACCAAGCAGCUGCAGUAUCUGUGGGGCGUUCCUGUCAUUCGGACUCUUUUCAGCGACGUUCUCUCUAAGAAGUUGGAGAGUCAGGAGACCACUCUUUUGCCCCCGCAACCAAGCACUUCACAAAACAACCUGCCAGUUAAAAGCCUCUUCAAGCGAGCGUUUCAGAAGUCCGCUUCUGUGCGAAACAUCUUGAAGCCAGUAGGUGGAAAGCGAGUGGAUUCUGCUGAAGUACAGAAAGUGUGCAGCAUCUGUGUGCUCUACCAGACUGCUCUGUCCACUUUGACACAAAUACGCCUGCAGAUACUCACUGGUCUGACGCACCUUGAUGAUCUACUGCCCAAGUUGUGGGCCUUUAUCUGCGAGCUUGGUCCUCAGGGAGGCCUCAAACUCUUCAUGGAAUGUCUUAACAACGACACUGAAGAGUCCAAGCAACUCCUGGCUAUGCUCAUGCUGUUCUGCGACUGUUCACGGCACCUCAUCACAAUCCUGGAUGAUAUUGAAGUUUAUGAAGAACAGACCUCCUUCAAGAUAGAGGAGCUCCUCACUAUCUCCUCUUUUCUGAACACAUUUGUGUACAAAAUGAUUUGGGAUGGUAUCCUAGAGAACGCAAAGGGGGAGAAACUGGAACUAUUCCACAGUGUUCACGGUUGGUUGAUGGUGCUUUAUGAACGUGACUGCAGGCGAAGAUUUACCCCAGAUGACCACUGGUUACGCAAGGACUUAAAACCCAGCUUGUUGUUUCAAGAGCUUGAAAAAGGCAAGAAGAGAGCCCAGCUGCUACUACAAUACAUUCCGCACGUUAUUCCUCAUAAAAAUAGGGUGCUGCUGUUUAGGAACAUUGUCACGAAAGAGAAAGAGAGCCUUGGGUUGGUCGAAACGAGCUCCGCUUCGCCGCAUGUCACUCAUAUUACCAUUCGUCGCUCACGCAUGUUAGAGGAUGGAUACGAUCAGCUCCGCCGCUUACCUGUAAAUUCAAUAAAAGGCGUCAUUCGAGUGAAGUUUGUCAACGACCUGGGAGUGGAUGAAGCUGGUAUCGAUCAGGACGGUGUCUUUAAAGAAUUUCUAGAAGAGAUCAUUAAGAAAGUUUUUAACCCUGCUCUUAACCUCUUCAAGACCACAAGUGGAAAUGAAAGGCUGUAUCCUUCGCCUACUUCCUACAUCCAUGAGAAUCAUCUGCAGCUCUUUGAAUUUGUUGGGAAGAUGUUGGGGAAAGCCAUAUAUGAGGGUAUUGUGGUGGACGUCCCUUUUGCCUCCUUCUUCCUCAGUCAAGUAUUGGGUCACCACCACAGCACUUUUUAUAGCUCCAUUGAUGAGUUACCCUCGCUGGACUCUGAGUUUUACAAGAAUCUCACCUCCAUUAAGCGCUAUGAUGGAGACGUAGGGGAUCUGGGACUCACUUUAUCUUAUGAUGAAGAUGUUAUGGGUCAGCUAGUUUGUCAUGAGCUGAUACCCGGAGGAAAGACCAUGCCAGUCACCAAUGAAAACAAGAUCAGCUACAUCCAUCUCAUGGCUCACUUCCGGAUGCACACACAGAUUAAGGAGCAAACUGCGGCUUUCAUCAGGGGCUUUCGUAGUAUCAUCAACCCAGAAUGGCUGCACAUGUUUUCUACACCCGAGGUCCAGCGUCUUGUGUCAGGAGACAAUGCUGAGAUUGACUUGGACGACCUUAAGAAGCACACCGUCUAUUAUGGAGGUUUUCACAGCAGCCAUCGUGUCAUCAUCUGGCUGUGGGACAUUCUGUCCAGUGACUUUACCGCUGAGGAGAGGGCAAUGUUCCUUAAAUUUGUCACCAGCUGCUCAAGACCUCCUCUCCUAGGGUUUGCCUACCUCAAGCCACCUUUUUCAAUACGUUGUGUGGAAGUGUCAGAUGAUCAGGACACGGGGGACACCCUGGGUAGCGUCCUCAGAGGCUUCUUCACAAUCCGCAAGAAGGAGCCUGGCGGCCGACUUCCCACUUCCUCUACGUGCUUCAACCUACUCAAGCUGCCUAACUACAGCAAGAAGAGCAUCUUGCGAGACAAGCUGCGCUACGCCAUCAGUAUGAACACCGGCUUUGAGCUCUCGUAAGGCUCGUCGGGCAAAAAGGACCUUGGACCUUGGAUAUGCGGAGCGGCCCGACCCAGGUGAAAUGUUCUGCUCGCCGAGAACAUCGACAAAGUAAAGGAGGAGUCACGCAGAACUACUCCUUUUUUGUCUUAUUUUAACACCUGCAGGAUCUCCCUUACAGUGAAAGGGAUGCUGAUUUUGCAGCACAAUCACAUUUUUGGCAUCUCCAUGUACUCCAAGGUAAUAUAUGCGUAGUAUUUAACUCCAUAAAAUCCAUAUUUAUAGCGUCUCAGUUUCUCAGGCUUAACAGAAUCUUUUUUUUUUUUUUUCGAUCAACACUCCCACUUGAAGUGAACUGGAAAGCAAUACAGAAACAAUGCAAGAAGCCAUUAGACACAAAGCGAUGCAUCGGUAAAUACAAUUUUUAGACUUUGGUAUCCGUGCAUCCUUGAGAGGGUAUCGAACAAGUCCUGAAGUGUUUUUCGCGGAGUAAAUGUGAUUUGUCCAAGUUGAAAACCCAUCAUCCGUCCUGUGUUGCUUACACUACGUCCCAUUUCUAGGGAAAAUGCUGUUGAUCUUAUUCAAUUUCAAGACAUUGUUUUGAAUAUUUUACAAACCUGCUUUGUACUUAAACAUCUGCUUUAUUUGUGGUCAAGCACCAAACUCCUUGCACAUCAUUUUAUUUUCUAAAUGCAGUGCAUCUGGAAAGUAUUCACAGGGCUUCACUUUUUCCACAUAUUGUUAUGUUACAGGCUUAUUCCAAAAUAGAAUAAAUUCAUUUUUGCCCUCAAAUUUCUACACACAAUACCAAAUAGUAACAAUGUAUUUUUUUAUUUUUUUAAAUGUAUUCAAAAAAUAAAAAAAAAUCACAUGUAUAUUAGUAUUGACAGCCUUUGCUCGAUAAUUUCUUGAUGCACCUUUGGCAGAAAUUACAGCAUCAAGUCUUUUUGAAUACGAUGCCAUAAGCUUGGUACACCUAUUUUUGGGCAGUUUCGCCCAUUCCUCUUUGCAGCACCUCUCAAGCACUAUCAGACUUGAUGGGACGCGUGGUUUUUCCUUCAGGAUGUGUCUACAUUACAGCAUUCAUCUUACUCUAGUCAGGGAGGUGACCAAGAACCCGAUGGUCACUCUGUCAGAGCGAGAGCAUUCCUCUGUGGAGAACCUUCAAGAAGGACAACCAUCUCUGCAGCAAUCCACCACUCAGGCCUGUAUGGUAGAGUGGCCAAACGGAAGCCAUUUCUUGGUGGAAACUUUGCCAAAAUGCAUCUAAAAGACUCUUAGACCAACAAAAUUGUCUGGUCUGAUGAGACAAAGAUUGAACUCUGUGGCGUGAAUGCCAGGCAUCAUGUUUGGAGGAAACCAGGCCAAUACCAUCCCUAGAGUGACGCAUGGUGUGGUGGGAGCAUAAUACUCUGGGGUUGUUUUUCAGCGGCAGGAACUGGGAGAAUAGUCAAGAUAGGAUGAAUUGAUUAACGUGGACCCCGACUUAAACAAGUUGAAAAACUUAUUCGGGUGUUACCAUUUAGUGGUCAAUUGUACGGAAUAUGUACUGUACUGUGCAAUCUACUAAUAAAAGUAUCAAUCAAUCAGAUGGAAAGAUGAAUACAGCGCUGACAGAGUGACUAUCAAGUUCUUGGUCACCUCCCUGACUGGACUAAGAUGAAUGCAGCAAUGUACAAAGACAUCCUGGAUGAAAACCAACAAUUCCCAUCCAACCUGAUGGAGCUUGAGAGGUGCUGCAAAGAAGAAUUGGUGAAACUGACGAAAGAUAGGCGUGCAAAGCUUGUGGCAUCGUAUUCAAAAAGACUUGAGGCUGUAAUUGCUUUCAAAGGUGCAACAAGAAAGUAUUGAGCAAAUUCUGUAAAAAAAAAUUAUGUACAUGUGGAAAAAAAACUUUCACAUUGUCAUUAUGCCAGGGGUCACCAACCUUUUCGAAACCAAGAGCUACUUCUGGGGUACUGAUUAAUGCGAAGGGCUACCAGUUUGAUACGCACUUUUACGGAAGGUUUUUUGUAGAGAAUAAAUGAUGAAAAAAAAAAAACUUAAUUGAAUGGUUUAAAAGAGGAGAAACAGGAUAAAAAUGAAAAUUAAAUUUUGAAACAUAGUUUAUCUUCAAUUCCGACUCUUUAAAAUUUGAAAUCCAACCGAAAAAAAGAAGAGAAGAACUAGCUCAUUCGAAUCUUUUUGAAAAAAUUGAAGAAAGAAUUUUUGGAACAUCGUUAGUAAUUUUUCCUGAUUAAGAUUAAUUUUAGAAUUUUCAUGAAAUGUUUUAAAUAGGUUAAAAUCCAAUCUGCAUUUUGUUAGAAUUCAUAACAAAUUGGACCAAGCUAUAUUUCUAACAAAGACAUAUUAUUUCUUCUAGAUUUUCCAGAACAAAAAUUUUAAAAGAAAUUCAAAAGACUUUGUAAUACGAUUUAAAUUUGAUUCUAAAGUUUUUCUAGAUUUGCCAGAAUAUUUUUUUUGAAUUUGAAUCAUAAUAAGUUUGAAAAAAUAUUUCACAAAUAUUCUUCAUCGAAAAAACAGAAGCUAAAAUGAAGAAUUAAAUUAAAAUGUAUUCAUUAUUCUUUACAAUAAAAAAAACUUGAACAUUGAUUUAAAUUGUCAGGAAAGAAGAGGAAGGAAUUUAAAAGGUAAAAAGGUAUGUGUUUAAAAAUCCUAAAAUCAUUUUUAAGGUUGUAUUUUUUCUCUAAGAUUGUCUUUCUGAAAGUUAUAAGAAGCAAAGUAAAAGAAUAAAUUAAUUUAUUUAAACAAGUGAAGACCAAGUCUUUAAAAUAUUUUCGUGGAUUUUCAAAUUCUAUUUAAGUUUUGUCUCUCUUAGAAUUAAAAAUAGCUAGCUAGUAAUUAAAUACAAUUUAAAAAAUAGAGGCAGCUCACUGGUAAGUGCUGCUAUUUGAGCUAUUUUUAAAACAGGCCAGCGGGCGACUCAUCUGGUCCUUACAGGCUACCUGGUGCCCGCGGGCACCGCGUUGGUGACCCCUGCCUUAUGGUGUAUUUUGGGGACAAAAAUUAAUUUAUUGCAUUUUGGAAUAAGGCUGUAAAAUAGCACAAUUUGGAAAAAGUGAAGCACUGUAAGUCAUGUCUUGCCCAGAAAUGUGGCUUGGGGUUUUCUACGUCAUACUAGUAAAACGCGAACCACACCUUUUAAAUAACGCUGAGUGCCUCAUGUGUGGUCAUCCUCCCCCUUGCUAUCACAUUUCCAGUGGAACCCAUAAUGUUUUGUCUGGGAAACAAGCCAUAGAAGCGGGGGCUGGGCUUACUCUAAAAAAAAACAACAACAAUCUUCUCAAACACCAACAGAGACAAUGACAAUGCUCCCUAUGGACUUUCAAAGCCAUGGA